AUGGAGAUCGCCACCAGGAAGACGCAGGAGGUCCACGCGCUGUACGUCAGCGGAUUGGUGGACAACGAAGUGUGCAAGUGCGUGCUCAAAUACUUUGUCAAGUGGUGUUGGGUCCACAGCAACACCAUCAAGGUGGUUGAUGAGUUCAUGUUUGCUGACAUCCUGCACCGUUGGCAGGAGGCGCACAAGGUGGCACUCCACAAGGCAAGCUUGGGUCAGCAUGGGGAGAAGGGCAAUGCGCUCAAGGAGAUCAAGUAUAACAGCUGGAGCACCAAGGCUGCCAGUCUGUUUGUUGUGCAACAGAGACACCUGCAAUACAUGUGCAUGAAGCAUGAUAUCAAUGAGGAGUUGAACAAGCACAUCAAUAACUAUGGUGCCUUUCUGGGCAAAGAUGGCUUCACAACAUGCUUCAACUUCACCAAAAAGUGA